GUUGUUGACACUUCUGUGACACUUCACAAAUCCAAAUUCAAAUUUUUUUCAAAACAAAGUUGAGGAAAGUUAUUGAGAACCUAUUUCCUAAUUUAGUGAGUCUUCAUUAAAAAGUAAUUUGUUAGGAAUAACGCUAACUGCUAUAUAUUUCAACUGUGAUUAUUUCGUCCAGAACUACUAAAAGUUAAAGUUUAAAGAACCUCAAAAUGCUGCACUUGGGUGAUGUUUUCCCGAAUUUCACUGCUGACACAACUCAAGGUGAAAUAAACUUUUAUGAAUGGCUUGACGAAUCAUGGGGUAUACUUUUUUCUCAUCCUUCCGAUUUCACACCAGUGUGUACUACAGAGCUCGCAAGGGUCCUUACUUUAGUUCCAGAAUUUAAGAAACGCAAUGUAAAAGUCAUUGGUUUGUCCUGUGAUACAGUUGAGUCUCAUAAUGACUGGUGUAAAGACAUCCAGUGUUAUGCAGGUUGCAAUGAGAAUGAACCAUUUCCAUAUCCAAUAAUUGAAGAUAAGGCCAGGAACUUAGCAGUUAAACUGGGAAUGGUGGAUAAGGAUGAACUUGAUUCUUCGGGAAUACCAUUAACUGCUCGCGCUGUGUAUAUCAUUGAUCCGAAAAAGAAGUUCCGGCUCUCCAUUCUUUACCCAGCAACCACUGGCAGAAACUUUGAUGAAAUUCUGCGCGUGCUGGACUCCCUUCAGUUGACGGAUAAGGCUAAAGUUGCUACACCUGUUGAUUGGAAGAUGGGCGAUGACUGUAUGGUGUUACCAACUGUGCCUGAAGAAAAUAUUGACACGCUGUUUCCACAAGGAGUCACUGUCGUCUCAUUGCCUUCUGGCAAGAAAUAUCUCAAGAAGACGCCCUGUCCGGAUGUUUAACCAAAGACUGUUUACUUUACUUUUCUUUUUUUUUUGUCUUUAUUGGCAAACGCCAGACACUGAUGUGUGGAUUUUUGUUUUGUUUUCAUUUAAUUAUUACAAUAAAGCAUGAAAAAUA